CCGCGAGCCACAAGCAGGAGCAAGGACAAGGGUGACAGGCGGUGUGAUGAGCGGAUAUCUCGGUAGCAUCACCCUGCCCCCGACGUUGCUGCACGACCCGAAGUACCCUCCAGCCAUGCGGGAGAAGGAUUCGAGCCCGAGGAAGAUGCCAGGCCACAUCAGCCCGAAGCAGGCCAGCAUUUACCCGCUGAGCGUCCGCGUGCCGGACGUCGAAGAGUUACCGUACGACCUGAGCCACGGGCACGGCCGCGGCCUCUCAAGUCCGACAAACCAGCAGCCUCACAUGAGUCCGGCGGCCCGGCCGCCGCAGCCGCACCACCAGGACGAGCUGGACUGCGAGCCGCUCGAUCUUCGCGUGGAUCACAAGAAGGAGAGGCUGCGGGACGAAAACCAGAACGAGAUAGAGGUGCUGAACCAGAACAGCCUGAGCAGCAGCCUUCCUUAUCACACGGUACUGUUCCCCCAGCACCACGCUGUCCAUCCGUUAGUCCUGGAGGCCAUGUACCGGUCGCAUCACCACAGCUCACCGGUUCCGGACCUGCCCAAGAUCCAAGUCAGGGCGCUGCCAACGAUGGUGCCGCUGCCGCCCAACCGAUUCUCCUCUACAACGUCCUCCACAUCCUCGUCCUCGUCGCAAGCCGUCGCAAGGAUACCCAGCCCUUCCGUUGCCGUCCAGCAGCCCCAACAGCAAAGCCAUCCCAGCCAGCAGCCCCAGCCUCAGCAGCAAACCGCUUCCACUCUACCGCCGUAUUCCAUCAGCGUCCAAGCCGGUCUGAAGCCCAAGGACCGGUACUCCUGCAAAUUCUGCGGCAAAGUGUUCCCCAGAUCAGCGAACUUAACGCGGCACCUGCGGACCCACACCGGUGAACAGCCGUACAAGUGUAAAUACUGCGAGAGAUCGUUCAGCAUCUCGAGCAACCUCCAGCGCCACGUGCGAAACAUCCACAACAAAGAGAAGCCGUUCAAGUGUCCGCUCUGCGAGCGGUGCUUCGGCCAGCAGACCAAUCUCGACAGACACCUGAAGAAGCACGACGCCGACGGGCCGACGAUACUCGACGAGGUCAGGUCGAGGUACCACGGACAGCUGCCCAGGGCGGACGAGUCCUACUUCGAGGAGAUCCGAAGUUUCAUGGGGAAGAUCACCUCCCAGAGACAAGGCAUCCCCUAUUUCCCUGGACUGCUGGGCCACGGCGCGGACGACUUCCGGAAUGACAAGCAACAACUCCAACUGGAGGAGAAGAGGGGCGACUCGUCGUACUUCAGCGACAGGGACAACCUGAGCUCGAGGUCAAGCAGCACCGCUAGUAGACCCGAGAGCGUGCAGGAGGAGCAGAGAGAGAUGAAUUCUCCGCCCCUGUCGCCAGGGAAUAACACUUGAGCCGAGACCGCGGGUGUGAUUAGUCGACGAGUCUCCCGAGUUAUCCGGACGAUUCCAGAGACACGAAUGUCCAUAGAUACGGUAUAGUUACUUCGACGACAAUGUCGAACGGUCCUGCUAGGCUAAUUCCUUCCGGACCUAGAAUUUGUGUUAGGAAAAGUCUUUCAGAAGUCGCGGUACGCGGCGCCUUUCCGAAGACUUCGUCACAAAGGACUCUAUUGUGUCGGUCCGCGACUUGCCGCGGUCACCGAUGAAGCGGAAAGAGUCGUGUGCGUCGGUCGGGCCGACAGGUGCCUUCGUCGAGAGUGCGCUGGGUCGCUGGCGAGUUGGCAGUUGAAAGGAACGCGGCUGUAACAAUCCAUUUUCGGCAGUGUGCUAUUCGCCGAUCGCGCGAUAAUCGGUAGCGUAAAUGAAAUACGAUAUACCGUUCCUGUGUCUCUGUUCCGAGUGCCAACUCUUUAGCGACACGGGGUAAGGUACGGAGAUGAGUUGUUGGCUAAGGAACGCUUCAGUGGUUGGAGUUGAAAUGAACCAUCUGCACGCGCAUUUUUCCUCGAGCAUCCGUCGUGUAAUGCAAAGUACACGGGAGACUCUUGCCUCUGGGCUGGCCCGUUAGCCAUCAAGACAUGUCCGUAGUAUACGUGCCUGAAACGUUCCGCGGGAUCGAGCGUGAUCGCGCCGCGAGAAGUUUUACCUAGUUUUAAGUAGACGAUAAAGUCGGCGUUGUAAGCAGCAUGUUUCUUAGUUACUCGCGAGGGAGGAGAACGCGCGUCCCUUUCGCCGGAACAACGCGCGAGACCGUUCAGAGCAG